AACAGCCGGCGCGCCAUACGAACGACGACGAGUCGCGCACUACGAGUAGGGCGCUGGUCGACUCCGAAACCCCGAAGAAGAAGAAGAAGAGCGUGGAAGAAGUGGAGUGAACGUACCAACAAUUGAGGCCGAGGCGAUUUAAGCUUAGUUAGCCGAAAGGAAAACCAUUAUAUAGGCGAAGAGUGUCUAAACUACGAGAGGACUUGAGUCCCGCAAAAUACGAAAAGAGUCAAAACAUUGUUGAAGACAAGUAGAGGACAAAAAGAGAAAAAUGUCGUCUUCAGCGGUUGCUAAGACCUCUAAGUACACAUACCGCUCUGCCGGUGGUGCGGGUGCUGCUGAUGUUAGCAUCGAAUAUAGCGCCGACCUGAGCGCUCUCAGCAGACUCGAGGACAAAAUCCGUCUACUACAGGAUGACCUGGAGUCUGAGAGAGAGCUGCGUCAGAGGAUUGAACGCGAGCGCGCCGAUUUGAGCGUGCAAGUCAUCCAACUAUCCGAACGUCUCGAAGAGGCUGAAGGUGGCGCCGAAUCUCAAUUUGAGAUCAACAAGAAGAGGGACAUGGAACUGGCCAAACUGCGUAAAUUACUCGAAGAUGUCCAUCUCGAGAGCGAGGAGACCGCACAUCUCUUGCGCAAAAAGCAUCAGGAGGUCGUCGUCGACUUUCAAGAUCAGAUUGACCAGCUUUCUAAAGCACGUGCCAGGGCUGAUAAAGAAAAAUCUAAAUUCCAGCAAGAAGUGUACGAGCUCCUCGCCCAACUUGACAAUGUUACUAAAGAAAAGUUGAUGUCAAUAAAAACAGUCGAGAAACUCGAAAUACAUAUAUCUGAAUUGAACGUCAAAAUCGAAGAAUUAAACCGUACGAUUGUCGAUAUUACUAGUCAUAAAACUCGGCUGUCUCAAGAGAAUAUUGAAUUAGUCAAAGAGGUGCAAGAUCUCAAGGUGAGCAUCGAGAACGUUACCUAUCUAAAGACGCAAAUCGCGGGUCAACUAGACGAUGCUCGCCGUCGUCUUGAAGAUGAAGAACGUCGUCGUGCAUUGGUCGAAGCUUCUUUGCACCAGGUUGAAGUGGAAUUGGAGUCUGUUCGCGUCCAGUUGGAAGAAGAAUCUGAAGCACGUUUGGAUAUCGAACGUCAAUUGGUCAAGGCUAAUGGAGAAGUCUCAAUAUGGAGGUCAAAAUAUGAAACCGAAGCUAACGCUCGUAUCGAAGAGGUAGAAGAACUUCGUCGCAAAUAUGGUGCUCGCAUCCAAGAACAGGAAGAACAAAUUGAGACCUUACUUGUAAAGAUCAAUAAUCUCGAGAAGCAGAAAUCGCGCUUGCAAUCUGAAGUGGAGGUCUUGAUUAUUGACUUAGAAAAGGCCAAUGGAACUGCUCGUGAACUUCAAAAACGUGUUGAACAUCUUGAGAAGAUCAAUAUAGAAUUGAAGACUCGCUUGGACGAAUCUCUCGCCAUGUACGAGCAAAGUCAGCGCGAUCUCCGCAAUAAACAACAAGAACUGCAACGUGUAAAUGCUGAACUCGACAAGACUCGUGAAAUAAAAGAUCAAUUGGCCCGUGAAAACAAGAAACUUGGAGAUGACCUUAGCGACGCAAAGAAUCAAUUGGCUGAUAUGAAUCGCAGACUCCAUGAAUUGGAACUGGAACUUCGCCGAUUGGAGAACGAACGCGAAGAAUUAGCUGCUGCCUACAAGGAAGCUGAAGCAGGCCGUAAAAUUGAAGAGCAACGUGCUCAAAGAUUGUCAGCCGAAUUGAGUCAAUUGCGCCAUGAAUUCGAGCGUCGCAUUGCUGAAAAGGAUGAAGAAAUUGAAGCUAUUCGUAAACAGACCAGCAUCGAAAUUGAGCAGCUGAACGCCCGCGUAGUGGAAGCUGAGACGAAGUUGAAGACCGAAGUUCAGCGUAUAAAGAAGAAGCUCCAGAUUCAAAUCACCGAGCUCGAAUUGUCUUUGGACGUCGCCAACAAGAAUAAUAUUGAUUUGCAAAAAACCAUCAAGAAGCAGUCUCUCACUUUGACCGAAUUACAAGCUCAUUAUGACGAAAUACAGCGCCAGUUGCAAGUGACCCUGGACCAACUAGGCAUUAGUCAACGUCGUCUCCAAUCAUUGACGGCUGAGCUUGAGGAAGUCCGUGGCAAUUAUGAAUCUGCCCUGCGCGCGAAGAGGACUGUCGAACAGCAAUAUGAGGAAUCGGUUAGCCGCAUCAACGAGCUAACUACAAUCAACGUAAACAUCGCUUCAUUAAAGGCUAAACUGGAGCAAGAACUGGCCACUUUGGCUGGAGAUUAUGAAGAGGUUACUAAGGAAUUGCGAGUUAGUGAUGAGAGAUAUCAAAGAGUACAGAAUGAAUUCAAACACACCGUUGAAAUUCUUCAUGAGGAACAAGAGCGUAUUGUCAAAAUUGAAGCUAUCAAGAAAUCGCUGGAGAUUGAGGUAAAGAAUUUGUCCGUGAGAUUGGAAGAGGUUGAGGCCAAUGCCAUUGUUGGAGGCAAGCGCAUCAUCAGCAAGCUCGAAGCCAGGAUUCGCGACCUGGAACUCGAGUUGGACGAAGAAAAACGUCGACACGCUGAGACUGUAAAGAUACUUCGUAAGAAGGAGCGCAACAUCAAGGAGGUAAUGAUUCAAGUUGAAGAGGACUCGAAGAACAUCUCUCUGCUGCAGGAAACGCUUGACAAAGCCUCCCAGAAAGUCAGCAUCUACAAGAGACAGCUGCAAGAGCAAGAAGGCAUGUCCCAACAAAGCGUCACCAGGGUCCGCCGAUUCCAAAGAGAACUCGAGGCCGCGGAGGAUCGCGCCGACACGGCAGAGAGCAAUUUGAGCCUGAUCCGCGCCAAACACCGCAGCUUUGUCACCACUUCAACCGUACCCGGUUCCCAGGUAUACCUCGUCCAGGAGACGAGGCAGGAUCUGUAAAAUAAUCACCGUCACCUUACCUUCUGCCACUUCAAACGUCGUCGUCUUUAUAAACGCACAUUGCAUAUCCUACGAGGAAAGAAGAAAGGAAAGGACGCGAUAUCAAUCAUCAUAAAGAGGCCGAGACAGAAAGAGAGAGAGAGAGAGAGAGAGAGAGGAGAGAGUUUUCAACGGGCCGCAAACGUGUUAUUUUCGAGGGGUUUAAAUUGGAGCAACCAGAAUACGCACCUAUAAACAUAUGAAUAUCGAUACGAAUAUAAUGUUCACUGUCACGUAACGACCCGUCGUAAAUUCGAAAUUACUUGGCCAACGAAAAAUGCGAUACAUUGCAACGAAAACAUUACAUUAAAGAAACGCGCUCACUAUAUUUAAGAGAUUUAUUAAAACAUCAGAAAUAUUGAAAUUAUAAGAAUCAAUAUAUUGUUUAACAAAUGGAUAAAUCAAGUUUAAUGAUCUUCUCGUCCCAAUUAUGUGAAGAUAAUCGAACGUAAGGGCAGAGAAAACACAAAAAAUACAAGAAGAAAUCAAUAGUAAUUUACGUCCUUCUAUACGCGCGUGUCGCAAUUGUAUUUACAUGGAUAAUUUUAAUUCUAUUCUAUUACUAUAUAGAUAGGUAACUAUUGCCCAUAUACACAACUCUCACUAUACAACAUACACAAUAACCUGUGUCAACAUUAAUUUAAUAAAUAAAGUGAAACACGUACGUACGAAAA